AUGAAACAAGGUGGGAAUGUUGUUCCUGACGAAUAUACUUUUCCCUCGUUGCUCAAAGCUUGUUCGAGUGAAUUGGCGUUAAAGGAAGGUCAAGUGAUUCAUGAGUUGAUCGUGAGGUACGGUACUGAGCACGAUGUUUUUGUUGGGUCGAGUUUGGUUGAUAUGUAUGGAAAGUGUCGAGAGAUUGAGUUUGCGCGCAAGGUUUUUGAUGGAAUGUGUGUGAGAAAUGAGGUUUCUCGGACUUCUAUGAUUGUUGGGUAUGUGAAUGUAGGUGAUUUGAUUGAAGCAAAGAAGCUAUUUGAUGUAAUGCCUAAGAGAAAUAUGGUUUCUUGGAAUGCCAUGAUUAGUGGGUUUGUGAGAUUUGGUGAUUUGAAGAGUGCUAGGAAGUUGUUUGAUGAAAUGCCUGAAAGGAAUGUGGUUUCGUUCACGGCAAUGAUUGAUGGGUUUGCCAAGGCUGGUGACAUGGCUUCAGCAAGGUUUUUGUUUGAUCAAUCUCUGGCGAAGGACAUUGUUUCUUGGUCAGCGUUGAUAUCUGGGUAUGUUCAGAAUGGUCAGCCUAACGAGGCUAUUGAAAUUUUUCUUAAAAUGCAGUCGAUGAAUAUUAAACCGGAUGAGUUCAUAGUGGUUAGCUUGAUGUCUGCUUGUUCCCAAAUCAGUAGUUUGGAACGGGCUAAAUGGGUUGAUUCUUAUGUGAGCCAAAGCUCACUUGACCUCCAUCAAGUUCAUGUUCUUGCAGCUCUUAUAGACAUGAAUGCAAAGUGUGGGAAUAUGGGUGGAGCAACAAUGUUAUUUGAAAAGAUGCCUAAACGGGAUUUGAUUUGUUUUUGUUCUAUGAUACAAGGCCUGUCAAUUCAUGGACAUGGUGUUCAGGCAGUUUCCCUCUUUCGUAGGAUGAUAAAUGAUGGCAUUACUCCAGAUGAUGUGACUUUUACAGUCAUUCUGAAUGCUUGUAGUCAUGCAGGACUUGUUGAAGAGGGUUGCCGAUUUUUUGAUUCUAUGAUAAAUGAAUACUCUCUAGUUCCUUCAACUUAUCAUUAUGCUUGUAUGGUGGAUCUUCUUGGCCGGUCUGGAAAGCUAAGAGCAGCUUAUGAGCUAUUGAAAUCAAUGCUUGUGGAACCUCAUGCUGGUGCUUGGGCACUU